AUGAUGGGUGAAAAGCAGUUUUGUCAGCUAAUUUUGACAAAACCCACAAUAGAAAACAUCACAACUGUGGGACAAUAUGAGUUGACACAACCAAGGCUCAAAGGUGUAGACCUAUUGCAUCAGAGUGAGAUACCCAUCUUAUUUGGUGGUGGACGAGAUUUCCUAUUAGGGGAAUUAGGUUCUGUAACGGAGGCGGUUAACGCAUUGAACGCGGGAUUAUCACCAAACCCACAGAGUUUGAUAUUAUCGGAUUUAUUUGUGUUAAACUCGUGUGUGCUAAUAUGGUUCAAAGAGUGGGAGCGCAGCUUGCAGAUACCUUACCGGAAUAUAGUAUAUCAUGCAGUGCAUAAAACAGAUGAUAGUUCACAAGUAGAUGGGCAUCGUCUUGAGCUUCUGAUAACUGUUGAGCGGGAUCCAAUAAUCAACGAAUUGUUCCCGAUACCCAACCGAUCGAUAGGCCAAAUGCAUAGACUGCAGGCGGAUGAAAACGUGAUUUCCACCGUCGAGCUAGUCCUCAGACCCAAAUAUGCCAACUUUGAUAGACAUUACAACGAGGAAGUGGAGGAUUUGUUCACUUUUAAGGAAUUUGGAUUGAACCGAGGCGACACCAUGGUGAAAAACUCUUACAACGCUAUCCUAACCUGCAUGGAUUUCUACCCGGAUGAGGAAUCGUUAGCGGAACAACAACAGCAACAACAAAUGCAAAUGUACACUCAAAGCCAGGCCCAGGCCCAGGCACAGGCCCAAGCCCAGGUUCAGACCCAAAACGUAUACGUGAAUUCCGGAGUUGCUGACGAUUUGGACGAUGAUUCCACCAUGGACAUCUAUGCACAGGACGGCUAUGACGCAAGCAUGGCGCUCCAGUUUUACGCAGAUCAACCAGUCGCCGGAGCGAAACGAAGACUGUGA